ACUGUUGAAAACUGAAACGGUGAUGAUUUCAGACAACGCGGGGCCAAGAAUUGCUAGCACUUCCCAUAUACUUCUCCGUUGCUGUCCCCACUUCUCAUGUACAUUUUCUCCAUCCGUCCCAUUUUGAGGCGGGUCCUUCUCGACACUCGUUCAUGCCCCUUUUUAUCUUUUUAUCUUCUUCUUUUUUUUUUUUACUCUUGCUACCAUUCUUGCGUCUUCCCUUUGCUUUGCACGGGAGGAGUUCCCUGUGGUUAUGGUAGCCGAGAAGCGGCCUGUGCCGCAGGGAUUAGAGGAGCCCGGUGCUUAAUUGUUUGCUUGUGUGGUGUUUUUUUUUUUCCCGUGGAGGGAAGGCUGAGUAUCAGCGCUGGCGGCUCGCAGAGGCGAGUCCAGGCUCGCGAUGAAGAAGACGUCCUUGCCCCGGCAAUGGCGGGACGAAGACAAGGGAAGGUGAUGAAAUGAUUUGAGGAUUUGCCGUCGCGGGUACGAAGGGUAGUGCGC